AAAUUUGGUGUGAUUUCGUUCAUUGGUUCUUUUGUUAUAAGGUACGCAUUUAUAUACAUAUAGAUAGAAGAGUGCUGAUAGAUCAGUUAUUUAAAGUCUCUUGAACAUAGAGUUUUAUAAAUAUUACAAGAGAGGCCAUGGAGGACGUAGCAUCAGCUGAAGCAAUCUUGGGGGGAUCCAGUGUGGGUUGGGACUUAAUGGGAGCUCCAUGGGAGGCCGGGUGGCUCUGGAGGCUGGAGAAGCGGAGGGCCCAGCAUUACCUGGCUCUCCAAGAAGAAACACCUCCUGAAGCCUGUUGUCUAAUUGUGCCUUUCUUUCACAGAGGAAAGGGGAUUUUUGCCUGAGAAUUUCAGAGUAGAACCUGUUGAGGGAUUCCUUUCCCUUGAGAAAAGAGGGAGGAAAGGCAUCUUGGAUACGGUUGGGUUCUACAUCAGAGUGGCUCCAACAUGGAGAGACCCAACUCACCUGGACCUGAAGCAGGCAAGGCCUCCGGGAGCAGUGGGGAAUCCUGGGAAAGAACUACACAGACGUUCCUGGAUGCGCACACACAGUGCCAGCGCUUCAGGCAUUCCUCCUUCCGAGAGGGCGAGGGACCCAGAGAGAUUUGCAGCCGCCUCCACUCUCUCUGCCGCCAAUGGCUGAAGCCAGAGCAACACACCAAGGCGGAGAUGCUGGACCUGGUGAUCCUGGAGCAGUUCCUGAGCAUCCUGCCCCCAGAGAUGGGGAGCUGGGUCCGAGAGUGUGGGGCAGAGACCUCUUCCCAGGCGGUGGCCCUGGCGGAAGGCUUCCUCCUGAGUCGGGCAGAGGACGAGAAGCAGGAAGGACAGGCCCAAAAUAACUGCAUGGAAGUCCAGCCUGAUGUCCCUUCAUCAGAAAAGCCUCACUCGGACACCACGCAGAGCCUCCAGCAGAAGGAGCUGAAGCAGGAAGGAGAGGAAGGAGAGGAAGGAGAGGGGGCUGCAGCCUGGCAGGGGGCUGGAAUGAGGUUGUUACCGAAUCCUCAGUCGUUUUGUGAUGGAGUGGAAGUGAAUCAGGGCCCAAUUGCCUUUGAGGAGGUGGCUGUCCCUUUCUCCCCGGAGGAGUGGGUUCUCCUGGAUCCUGAUCAGAAAGCCUUGCACAUGCAGAUCAUGGAGGAGAUUCAUGGGAUGGUGGACUCUCUUGCAGAUAACUGGAAGAAGAGCAAUGUGUGCACCAAACACUGGACGCAUUUGGGACACAACGGGGACCUUCCUGGACACCAGAAAACUCGCCGUGAAAAUGGAGAUUCUGCCAGAGAAAGGCCCUACAAAUGCAAUGUGUGUGGACAAUGUUUUACGCAAAAUAUGGGACUUAAACUUCACAAGACACUCAGUGCUGGGAGAAGCCAUUGUAAAUGGAGAAUAUCAGCAAAAUGUAUUGCUGAUUACAAAUUUCCACAUCGGAGCCAAGAAGAAAUCUUUCAAGGAACUGAUGAUAUCAUAAGCCAGGAGUGUGGGACAUCUUUGAUGCAGAGUUUACACUUGAAACAUGAGCGAUUUCACACAGGACAGGAACCAUAUAGAUGCCAGGAGUGUAGAAAGUGUUUUGCUUCCAGUUCACAAUUGAUGAGGCACAAAAAGCUUCACACAGGAAAGAAUGGGUACAAGUGCCAGAAGUGUGGUAAAUGUUUUACUCAGAAUACGCAACUUAUAGACCACUGGAGAUCCCACACAGGAGAGAAGCCAUACCAAUGCCAGGAGUGUGGGAAAAGUUUUGCUCAAAGUUCACACUUGGUGAGCCACAAAAGAGUCCAUACAGGAGAGAAGCCAUACCAAUGCCAGGAGUGUGAGAAAUGUUUUGCUCACAGUUCAAACUUGGUGAGGCACAAAAUACUCCACACAGAAGAAAAACCAUACCAAUGUCAGGAGUGUGGGAAAUGUUUUGGUUAUCGUUCAGGCUUGGUCAGCCACAAAAGACUCCACACAGGAGAGAAACCAUUCCAAUGUCAGGAAUGUGGGAAAUGUUUUGCUGACCGGUCAGGCAUGGUGAGGCACAAAAGACUCCACACAGGAGAGAAACCAUACCAAUGCCAGGAGUGUGGGAAAUGUUUUGCUUACCCUUCAGACUUGGUGAGCCACAAAAGACUCCACACAGGAGAGAAACCAUACCAAUGCCAGGAGUGUGGGAAAUGUUUUGCUUGCAGUUCACACUUGGUGAGCCACAAAAGACUCCACACAGGAGAGAAACCAUACCAAUGCCAGGAGUGUUGGAAAUGUUUUGCUAACUGUUCAACCUUGGUGAGGCACAAAAUAGUCCACACAGGAGAGAAACCAUACCAAUGUCAGGAGUGUGGGAAAUGUUUUGCUAAAAGAUCAACCUUGGUGAGGCACAAAAUAGUCCACACAGGAGAGAAACCAUACCAAUGUCAGGAGUGUGGGAAAUGUUUUGGUUAUCGUUCAGACUUGGUGAGCCAUAAAAGACUCCACACAGGAGAGAAGCCAUACCAAUGCCAGGAGUGUGGGAAAUGUUUUGCUCAAAGUUCAGUCUUGGUGAGGCACAAAAGACUCCACACAGGAGAGAAACCAUACCAAUGCCAGGAGUGUGGGAAAUGUUUUGCUCAAAGUUCAGGCUUGGUGAGCCACAAAAGACUCCACACAGGAGAGAAACCAUACCAAUGCCAGGAGUGUGGGAAAUGUUUUGCUGACUAUUCAGCAUUGGUGAGGCACAAAAGACUCCACACAGGAGAGAAACCAUAUCAUUGUCAGGAGUGUGGGAAAUGUUUUGCUGACCGUUCAGGUUUGGUGAGCCACAAAAGACACCACACAGGAGAGAAACCAUACCAAUGCCAGGAGUGUGGGAAAUGUUUUGCUUGCAGUUCACACUUGGUGAGCCACAAAAGACUCCACACAGGAGAGAAACCAUACCAAUGCCAGGAGUGUGGGAAAUGUUUUGCUGACCGUUCAGGCUUGGUGAGGCACAAAAUACUCCACACAGGACAGAAGCCUUAGAAAUGCUAGGGAUGUCAGAAAUGUUUUGCUUUCCCCACACCCACAAAAAACUAGACACCCACCAAAGGAUAGAAAGGUUAAAAAAUCCAGCAGUAUGGGGAAUGUUUUAUUUAGAUGUCAUCCCAUAACAAGCACGAGAGAAUAUACACAGGCUAAAAAACAUACAAAUGCCAAACAUGUGGGAAAUGUUUUAGUUGAGAUUCUUAACGUUUGAACCAUCACAGACUACAGAUAGGAGAGACAUCAUCCAAAGAGCUGGGACAAAAUUAAUAAAAUAUUUUGCAGGGAAAUGGCAGAUGAAAUGGCUUCCAGUAACACUUGGCUUGACUUUGGACUCAUUUCUUUGACCAUUUUCUUCUUAGUCUCAUGCUACCCAUGCUCUGGUCUGCCUUGGUUAGACCACACCUAGAAUCAAACUGUUUCCAAUUGUGGGCACCGCAAUUGAAGGAUGAUGUUGUCUAGCUGGAGUGUGUCCAGAGGAGGGCGACUGAAAUGACCAAGGGUUUGGAGAACAAGCCCUAUGAGGAGCGGCUUGAAGAGCUGGGCAUGUUUAGCCUGAAGAAGAGAAGGCUGAAAGGGAACAUGGUGAGGGCCGUGUAUAAAGGUGUGAGGGAAAGUCAGGAGGGAGCAAGCUUGUUUUCUGCUUCCCUGGAGACAAGGACGCAAUGGAACCAUGGCUUCAAACUACAGGAAAGGAGAUUCCACCUGAACACGAGGAAGAACUUCCUGACUGUGAGAAGUGUUCAGCAGUGGAACUCUCUGCCCCGGAGUGUGGUGGAGGGCUUCUUCUUUGGAGGCUUUUAAGCAGAGGCUGGAUGGCCAUCUUCCAGGGGUGCUUUGAAUACGAUUUUCCUGUUCCUUGGCAGAAUGGAGUUGGAGUGGAUGACCCAUGAGGUCUCUUCCAACUCUACGAUUCUAUGAAAGUGAUGGAAAUCAUGGACGUGGAUAAAUUAACGCAAUUAAUGAAGAAACACACAGGAAGACCAAUUCAAUCAACAGACUGUAUCUACUUCCUCCACUACUCCUCGGUAGUAGUCCUGUGCAAGACUGAGAUGUGGAAAACAGUCCAACCAAACUGAAGGAAGCUUCCCCGGCUUUGCAGAGAACGGCUUUACAGAGCAGGUCUCGCAGCAGGUGAUGCCUCCAAGGCCGAGGGCAAGGAAGAGCCUGCUUGUGGUGGGUGCUUUUGAUGUUGUGAUAAAUCCUUGCAGGACCAAGUAUGUGUGUGAAGAAAAACCUUCUUGAGUGGUCAUUCCCUUGUUCAGCUGGCUAAGGAAGUCAACCAGCAAUCUUGUACCACACCGAAGAGGCCAUCACUCUUUGAGGUUUUUGAGUAUCACCUUCUGGAGUUGUGGUCCACCAGCGUGAAGUUCCAGCAGGAGAUGCUGAAGGGGAGAUCCUGAGGGAGAGCUUCUGGAGAGCCUUUUCUCGGAGGAAACCUAUGGACAGAGGCUUGGCUCUGGGGAGCAGUUUGGAGAAGCUCCUCUGAGGAAGCGAUGGUGAAAUAGCUCUUUACUUCAGGUUUAUAUUGAUCUCUUAGUUGCUGUAAAGAUGGAGAUGCCUUAUUUUAUGUUUCUUACAAAGGCUGUGUCAAUAUGUGGCACCGCUGAUUUUGUGUAUGCAACAUUGCCAGUUUUGUUUCCUGUCUGCAAAGUAAAGAGAGUAAAGUAUUUUCUGUUCA